AUGUGCGAGCGGAGGCCUCUGAGGCAGUUUGAGACGCCUGAGAUGUUGGAUUCAGUUGAGCAGGCGUCGGAAGGGGCCGUUGCCCAGGAAGACCACGGCAAGGAGGCGUUCGUCGUCCUACUGGGAUUUAACGGGAAGAAUAAGAGCGCCGACAGGCCCUUCUCGGGGAUGAAGGGAACAGUGGAGUUGCCCUUCUGGCACGCGCCAAGGUCGCAGGAGUCGGGGCCGGUGCAGCACUCGCCCUCCCAGCUGCAGCAGUCUUCCUAUUAG